UGAUGCGUGCGAGGAGUCGCAAACUCUAUCAUGAUGCAUUCGUGGCUGGUACUGGGCUUGGUGGUGGCGGCGGCGGCGGCCGGGUACGACUAUAGGUCGCAGCCUGAUCUCUACUACGACACGUGGUGGGGACCCGAGGGCAAGGAGGAAGACACCACCAUCAGACCCUUUAGGAUCGAAUGGGAUAAGAAGGAUAUAGAUGAUCUGGUCUACAGAUUGAAGAACAGGCGCGAAUUCGUACCUUCCCUAGACGAUUCUGCAUACCGUUAUGGAGUGAACACUCACACCUUCGGCUUCUGGCUGGACUACUGGGCGAACGACUAUAACUUCACUGCCCGGGAACAGUACCUAAACCAGUAUCCUCAAUUUAAGACCGACAUCCAGGGUCUGGGUAUACACUUCAUCUGGAUCAAACCUGAGGUACCGGAAGGCAAAAUCAACAUCCCGGUGCUGAUGCUGCACGGAUUCCCAGGGUCAGUCCGUGAGUUUUAUGACGCCAUCAAGGAAAUUCAGAAGGCUACUGAAAACAAAAACUUCGUCCUUGAACUGAUCAUCCCCAGUCUCCCUGGAUUUGGUUAUUCAGACUACUCCAACAAAGAGGGCCUGGGUGCUGCUGAAAUGGCAUUUAUAUACAAGAACCUUAUGAACAGAUUGGGACACGAGAAGUACUUUAUGCAGGGAGGAGAUUGGGGAUCACUCAUCACAGCCAACAUGGCCACCUUCUUCCCAGAUGAAAUCAUCGGUUACCAUAACAACAUGGGUGUGGCCUUGACCGACGCCGCAUUCAGCAUGAUGUCGAUAGCAUCUUUAAAUCCCUCGUCGAUAAUGUCAUGUGACGUUGUUAACCGCCUGUAUCCCCUCAAAAAUACCUUCGAACAACUCACUAGAGAUUCUGGGUAUUUCCACGUUCACGCAACGAAGCCUGAUACUCUUGGUAUCUCGGUAAGCGACUCGCCCACCGCUCUAAUGGCGUGGCUUUUCCAGCAAGUAUCCAUUUGCACCCGCAAGGCCAACUACGACGACCCUGAAGGCGGCCUGCAUCGCUACAGGCCAGAGCAACUUCUCGAUAACCUCAUGUUCUACUGGAUGCCCAACAAAGGGCCCACCUCUUUCAGGAUCUACUCCAAUACUUUUAAUCUCAGGAACUAUCAUUUAGGUUAUCUCAAUGUAACAACAACAGUACCUACUGUAGUAGUCCAAGCAUCAGACGAGAUCUUCUACAUGCCUCCUAGUAUGUUGAAAACCAAGUUCUCCAACUUGCUUGCCGUGGACGUGCUCAACGAUUACGGACAUUUCCUCGCCUUCGAGGUGCCUGACGUCUUCGCCAGUAACUUCGUGAGCGCCGUCCAGAGGAUCCUUGCCUUCAAUAACCAGAAUAUGUAAAAAAAAUAUUAUUAUACCCAGGAAUGUUCGUCAAGAUAAGCAGGAUUUCCGUGCGAACAAACUUUCGAACAUAAGGCAACUUGUACGCGAAAGAAUUAAUUCAAUUCGUCAUAAAAUGAGUAACUACGAGAACAAUGAAAAUCCUUUUAUGUAUUAAUUGUAAUAAAUUGUUUUUAAUGAUA